AUGGUUAAUAAAAAAGGUUAUAACAAUCUAACCUGGCGGCUGCUGCUCUGGCUUCUGCUCCCCGCAAUCUGGGAGGCAGGGAGCGGCCAGCUCCACUACUCGGUCCCCGAGGAGGCCAAACACGGCACCUUCGUGGGCCGCAUCGCGCAGGACCUGGGGCUGGAGCUGACAGAGCUGGUGCCGCGCCUGUUCCGGGUGGCGUCCAAGGGCGGCGGGGACCUUCUGGAGGUAAAUCUGCAGAAUGGCAUUUUGUUUGUGAAUGGUCGGAUCGACCGGGAGGAGCUGUGCGGGCGCAGCGCGGAGUGCAGCCUGCACCUGGAGGUGAUCGUGGACAGGCCGCUGCAGGUGUUCCACGUGGAGGUGGAGGUGAAGGACAUUAACGACAACCCUCCAAUGUUCUCUGUAACAGAACAAAAAAUCUUGAUACCAGAAACUAGACUGCUUGACUCUCGAUUUCCACUAGAAGGAGCUUCAGAUGCAGAUGUUGGAGAGAAUGCAAUGCUUACUUACAAACUCAGUUCAAACGAAUUUUUCAUUCUUGAGACUAUGAACAAAAAAGACAAAGGCAAAUUCCCAGUGCUUGUUCUGAGAAAAUUAUUAGAUCGCGAAGAAAAUCCUCAGCUUAAAUUGUUGCUGAUUGCAACUGAUGGAGGGAAACCUGAAUUUACUGCAUCUGUUUCCUUAUUGAUCCUGGUGUUGGAUGCCAAUGAUAAUGCUCCCGUAUUUGACAGAUCUGUAUAUGAAGUGAAGAUGUAUGAAAAUCAAGCGAACCAAACGUUACUAAUAUGGUUAAAUGCUUCUGAUUCAGAUGAAGGAAUAAACAAGGAACUGGUCUAUUCAUUUAGCUCUUUAGUCCCAGAUCUUGUACGAAGGAAAUUUCUGAUAAAUGAAAGGACAGGAGAAAUAAGGAUAAAUGAUGCUAUUGACUUUGAAGACAGCAACAAUUAUGAAAUUCAAGUAGAUGUUACAGAUAAAGGAAAUCCACCUAUGGCUGGUCACUGUACUGUCCUAGUUGAAAUCUUAGAUGAAAAUGACAAUUCACCAGAGAUAGUUAUCACCUCUUUGGCGCUCCCGGUAAAAGAAGAUGCCCAGUUGGGCACUGUUAUCGCACUGGUUAGGGUGUCUGACAAGGAUUAUGGAGAAAAUGGGCAGGUGACCUGCUCCCUGACUCCUGCCACACCCUUCAAGCUGGUGUCCACCUUCAAAAAUUACUAUUCAUUGGUGCUGGACAGCGCUCUGGACCGAGAGACCAUCUCUGACUAUAAGGUGGUGGUGACCGCGCGUGACGGGGGCUCGCCUCCGCUGUGGGCCACCGCCAGCAUGUCGGUGGAGGUGGCCGACGUGAACGACAACGCGCCCGUGUUCGCACAGGCCGAGUACACGGUGUUCGUGAAGGAGAACAACGCGCCCGGCUCGCACAUCUUCACGGUGUGGGCGCGCGACGCGGACGCGCAGGAGAACGCGCGCGUGUCGUACUCGCUGGUGGAGCGGCGGGUGGGCGAGCGCGCGCUGUCGAGCUACGUGUCGGUGCACGCGGAGAGCGGCAAGGUGUACGCGCUGCAGCCGCUGGACCACGAGGAGCUGGAGCUGCUGCAGUUCCAGGUGAGCGCGCGCGACGCUGGCGUGCCCGCCCUGGGCAGCAACGUGACUCUGCAGGUGUUCGUGCUGGACGAGAACGACAAUGCGCCUGCGCUGCUGGGGCCUCCCGGCGGCGGCGGCGGCGGCGGCGGCGGCGGCGGCGGCGCGCGCAGCGAAGUGCUGUGGCGCUCGGUGGGCGCUGGCCACGUGGUGACCAAGGUGCGCGCGGUGGACGCGGACUCUGGCUACAACGCGUGGCUGUCGUACGAGCUGCAGCCGGCGGCGGCCGGUGCGCGCAGCCCGUUCCGCGUGGGGCUGUACACGGGCGAGAUCAGCACCACGCGCGCGCUGGACGAGGCGGACGCCGCGAGGCAGCGCCUGUUGGUGCUGGUGAAGGACCAUGGCGAGCCGGCGCUGACGGCCACCGCCACGGUGCUGGUGUCUCUGGUGGACAGCGGCCAAUCGCCCAAGCUGUCUUUGCGUGCAUCGGAGGGCGCCGUGGCUUCGGAGGCGACGCUGGUGGACGUGAACGUGUACCUGAUCAUCGCCAUCUGCGCGGUGUGCAGCCUGCUGGUGCUGACGCUGGUGCUGUACGUGGCGCUGCGGUGCUCUGGGGCGGCUGUGGGGCGGAGCGAGGGCGCGUGCGCGCCUGGGAAGCCUGUGCUGGUGUGCUCCAGCGCGGUGGGGAGCUGGUCCUACUCUCAGCAGAGGAGGCAGAGGGUGUGCUCUGGGGAGGGCCCGCCCAAGACCGACCUCAUGGCCUUCAGCCCCAGCUUUACCCCAGGUCCAGUGGCGAACAUGGGAAUGGAAGAUCAGUCAGUUGGAGGGGACGAAUCUGGGAAGGUGGGUUUUCACACUUUUACAUAUUGCUUUUAA